ACUGGAGCCUCUUUUCCCUGCUGUCUUUCACACGCUGGCGCUCAUCUGGACACACUCUCGCUUUUACUGCUUCCCACCACGCAUCGUCACACUCCUUAUUGAGUUCUGCAACCUGCUCAUCGACAAGGCCAUGGUGUAUCUGAUCCCAGAGGAGCUUUUUAAGAUGGAGCUGGAGGAGGGUGUAGAGCGUGUGCAGAGAGCGCUGCAGGGUUUUAAAUCAUUUAAGCAGACUUUCCAGCAGUACAGAGACCGACUGAGUCCGACGGGUCCUUACACUCAGCUGGGACUUCCUGUUAAACCCUGGGAUUUUCCCUCGCAGAUCGUCUUCCAGCGCAUUGACCUUAUCAGUGAGAGGCUGCUCAUGGUCGAGGAGCUGUUUCUGUCAGCGUUGGACUUCCUGAAGCUGGAGCGUGUAGAGUUGGGUGGCUCCAGAGGAAAGAUUCUGAGCGAGAUGGUUUAUAGGAUGAAUGACGAGUUUCAUGACAGCUGGAGAAUCCUCAGGGAAAGCAAAUAUGACCCUUUGGAUUACAGUAAAGAGGAUUUUGUGCAAGAUUACAAACGCAUCGUGGAACAGAAUCAUGACUUUGACCAGCGAUUAGGGACAGUGUUGAGCUUGGCCUUCCAACACUUUUCCAGCCUGGAGUCGGCCUUCAAGCUAUUGCAGAUCUUUGGCACUUUGUUGGAGAGGCCGAGGGUUCACCAGAUGUUCGCUCCGAACUAUUCCCUCCUUCUGGCCAUGUUUCAGGAUGAAGUCAACACUUGCCAGCGUGUACUAGACAAUCAGAGGGAGAGGUGGCAAAAAGGCUGCCCGGUUCUUAGUAAAAACAUGCCACCUGUUGCUGGAAACCUGAAAUGGUCUCAAGAGCUCCGAGAGAGAAUUCUGAGCAAACGCAGCAACCUGAACCACCUCACACACACGCUGUUAGACAGUCCUGAGGUGAAACAGGUGCUGCGAGCGUGUGAGUGUGUCUUAGAAGUCCUCGAUCAGCUGGAUGAAGAGGUUUACACUAGCUGGUGUGUGGGAUUGGACGAUCUGUGCCACACACACAUGAAUGAACCGUUGCUCUUGUUGGAUGAGGAGAGUGGGCUUUACUGUAUCAACUUUAACCCUGCGUUGACUUCGGUGUUAAGAGAGGUGAAGUAUCUUGUGCUGCUGAGGAAUCAUAACAUACCCAAAGCUGCACUGCACCUCUACUCCAAACAAGAGAUACUCUACAUGUACAAUACCACACUCUCACAGGUCACUCACUGGUACAAUAAGCUCCAUAGCACUAUUUUGGAUGUUGAGCUCCAACUGGUGGAAACAGAGAUGGAGGAAGUGAGACACGCUCUAAGCCCCGCCCUUACGGAACUGAGGUGGAGUCAGGAGGAGCUCUGGGGUUACAUCGAGAGCACACGUGACCUGGUGCACGGCAUAUCUGAGAGAGUACAGAAGAGCCAGGCGAACCUGGACACGGUGCAGGGACUGAUGGGAGUUUUCAGCCGGUCGGCUUGCGUUACGCGCUGCACCAGUCUCCGUGGUGACCUGCUUUAUACGGCCGACGUAGAGGAAAAGUUCAAUCAACAGUACAGACUGAUCUCUGAGACAGGAGAGAGAAUACACACACUCGUACAGGAAAAUGCAGUUCUGUUGGGUGCCGAUGUUGACUCGGAGCCUUGGGAGGCUUACACACAGCAUGUGGACCGCGUGGUUCUGGGUGGAUUCUGCAAUGCCGUACGCUGCUCUCUACAGUACCUCGUCGAUAACACAGACUCGGCUUCACGUAUAGCGCCGCUGUUCGAGGUCCAACUGACCCUGACCCUGGACAUGACCUUUCACCCUGCGCUUGACCUCUCCACCGCAGGAAACUUCUAUCACAUCAUUGACAACAUGGUGUCUGAUAUAUUCAAAAUGGCCUCCUGCAUGAACAGAGUCGCCAAGAACAAAAAAGCCGAGACUUACCUGACGGAUAUCACCCGGGUGCCAGAGUUGUGUGAGAUGGCUCAGCUGAUUCGUAGCCGCGCUCGUGCGACUAUCUCUAAGCUGAAAGAGUUUCAGAAGUCGUUCAGCUCGUAUCGUUACCUGUGGACUGGAGACAGGAUGGAGUUCAUGAGACAGUUUCUGCUCUACGGUCACGCCCUCUCUGCAGAGGAGUUGGAGCUGUAUGCAGAUUACGAGCUCACCAAGAAUCCACCUACACUGGACAACUUCAAAGAGCAAAUCAGUGAGUUUGAGAGUCUGUAUGAGGCUGUACAGGCGUUGGAGGAGAAGAGGGUUUUCUGUGGCUGGUGUCAGGUCGACAUCAAACCAUUUAAAAUCACCCUCAUGAACACCAUCAAGAAGUGGAGCUGGAUGUUCAAGGAGCAUCUGCUCAACCACGUCAACGACAGUGUGCAGGACCUGUCACGCUUCAUCGAGCACGCCGAGCAUGGUUUAGGGAAAAGUGUGAAGGACGGAGAUUACGCUGGUCUGGUGGACAUGAUGGGUCACCUGAUGGCCAUCAGAGACAGACAGCAGAACACAGAGCAACAGUUUAAACCACUCAAAUCUACCUCAGAUCUGCUGAAGACCUACAACCAACAGCUGCCCGAGCACAUCUAUGGCCUGCUGGAGGAACUGCCUGAAAAAUGGAAGAAUCUGAAGAAAGUUGCCUUCACUGUGAAACACGAGGUCGCUCCCCUGCAGUCCUGCGAAGUCGCCGUCAUCCGCAGGAAGUGUGUUCGCUUCGAGACCAACCGUUCAGUGGCUCAUUUGGAGAACGAGAUGUGCAAGCUGCAGGAAACCGCCAAGCUGUUUGAGGUCAGCUUCCCGGACUACAAGCAGCUCCGCCAGUGUCGCUCUGACAUCGUCCUCCUCAAAGCGGUGUGGGACAUGGUGGUCUUUGUCAAGUCUAGUAUCUUAGACUGGAGGAAGACCCCGUGGAAGGAAAUCAACGUGGAGCAGAUGGACAUGGAGCUCAGGAGGUUUGCUAAGGAGAUGAAGACUCUGGAUAAGGAGGUGCGAGUGUGGGACGUCUACGUCGGUUUAGAGUCUACCGUAAAAAACCUGCUGACGUCACUGAGGGCCGUUAACGAACUGCAGAACUCGGCGGUCCGAGAGCGACACUGGCAGCAGCUCAUGCACACGACGGGGGUGAGCUUUAUGAUGGAUGAGAACACCACUCUGGGAGAUCUGCUGGAGCUUCAGCUUCACCGAGUGGAAGAAGAAGUGAAGAACAUUGUGGACAAAGCGGUCAAAGAGAUGGCCAUUGAAAAGGUUUUGGCUGAGAUCAAGCAGACAUGGUCAGUGAUGUGUCUGUCGUAUGAGACUCACACCAGCACUGAAACUCCUCUUCUGAAAGCCGAUGAGAACCUGAUUGAGACACUGGAGGACAAUCAGGUGCAGCUGCAGAAUAUUCUGAUGAGCAAGCACGUGGAGUACUUCCUAGUUGAGGUGAGCAGCUGGCAGCGGCGCCUGAUCCUGGCAGACCUGGUAAUUGGCACCUGGCUGGGCGUGCAGCGCACCUGGGCUCAUCUGCAGAGCAUCUUCACCAACUCGGAGGACAUCCGUAACCAGUUGGCACACGAUGCCAAGCUUUUUCAGGGCAUCCACCUCGACUUCCAGGAGCUAAUGAUAAAAGUUGUGGAAACUGCAAAUGUGAUUGAAGUCACCAACCAACCAGGUUACCUAGACAACCUUGAGGCUCUGCAGCAAAGGUUGUCUGUAUGUGAAAAAGCUCUGGCUGAGUAUUUGGAAACGAAGCGUCUGACGUUUCCACGAUUCUACUUUGUCUCCGCUGCUGAUUUGUUGGAGAUUGUUUCCAAGGGAACGAAGCCCAGACAGGUCACACGGCACCUCCUGAAGCUCUUUGAUAACUUGGCUGAUCUGAAGUUCAGAGAUGAAGGAGAAGAGGAGGGGAGGGUAGAGGUUGCAGUAGGGAUGUACAGCAGAGAGGGGGAGUAUGUGCCAUUUGCUGAGCCCUGCGUGUGUGAGGGGCAGGCUGAGUGCUGGCUGCGUGGCUUGGAGCUGGCCAUGCGCUCCACAGUGAGGCAGGAGAUCUUAGAAGCCGUAGCAGCAUAUGAGGACAAACCACGUGAUCAGUGGCUGUUUGACUAUCCUGCACAGGUGGCACUGACAGCUAGUCAGAUUUGGUGGGCGAUGGAUGUUGGAAUUGCCUUUGACAGGAUGGAGGAGGGUUUUGAGGCAGCGCUAAAGGACUAUAAUAAAAAACAGGUCCUCCAGCUGAAUUCUCUGAUAAACAUGCUGCUUGGAGAGUUGAGCCCUGGUGAUCGGCAGAAGAUCAUGACACUCUGUACCAUCGAUGUUCAUGCUCGUGAUGUGGUGGCAAAGCUUAUCUCUCAGAAGGUGAUGAACAGCCAGGCGUUUGCUUGGUUGUCUCAGUUACGCCAUCGCUGGGAUGAAGAGCAAAAGCACUGCUAUGUCAACAUCUGUGAUGCCCAGUUCCAGUUCUCUUAUGAAUACCUGGGUAACACCAACCGACUGGUUAUAACUCCACUCACUGACCGAUGUUACAUCACACUGACUCAGUCUCUCCAUCUGAUGAUGAGUGGCGCCCCCUCCGGACCUGCUGGCACGGGCAAGACGGAGACCACCAAGGACCUGGGACGAUCGCUCGGCAUCAUGGUCUACGUGUUCAACUGCUCAGAACAAAUGGACUACAAGUCCAUAGGUAAUAUCUAUAAGGGUCUGGCUCAGACCGGUGUUUGGGGCUGUUUCGACGAGUUUAACAGGAUCUCUGUGGAGGUUUUGUCUGUGGUCGCCGUCCAGGUCAAAACCAUCCAAGACGCUAUUCGGAAUAAGAAACAGAGGUUUUACUUCUUUGGGGAGGAGAUCGAACUGAGGCCGACUGUGGGGAUCUUCAUUACCCUAAAUCCAGGAUAUGCUGGAAGAGCAGAACUACCCGAGAACCUGAAGGCACUCUUCAGACCAUGCGCCAUGGUGAUUCCAGAUUUCGAGCUGAUCUGUGAGAUCAUGCUGGUGGCAGAGGGAUUUAUCGAAGCCCGUCUGCUCGCACGCAAGUUCAUCAGUCUGUACACGCUCUGCAAAGAACUGCUCUCUAAACAGGAUCAUUAUGACUGGGGUUUACGGGCGAUAAAGUCAGUGCUGGUCGUCGCUGGGUCGCUGAAAAGGAAGGAAAAAAGCUGUCCGGAAGAGCAGGUGCUGAUGCGCGCUUUAAGGGAUUUCAACCUGCCCAAGAUCGUUACAAGCGACGUCCCGAUAUUCCUGGGUCUGAUCGCUGAUUUGUUUCCACUGUUGGAUAUUCCACGUAAGAGAGACAUAGAGCUAGAGCAGCAGGUUCGUCAGGCGAUCGCCGAGCUGCGUCUGCAGCCUGAGGAGAACUUUAUCCUGAAGGUGACUCAGUUAGAGGAGCUACUCGCUGUGAGACAUUCUGUCUUUGUAGUCGGUGGCGCUGGAACAGGAAAGAGCCAGAUUUUAAAGACGCUGCACAGGACCUACUCGAACAUGAAGCUGAAGCCUGUCUGGAGCGACAUGAACCCGAAAGCCGUGACCACGGAUGAGCUUUUCGGCUUCCUGCAUCCUGCUACACGAGAGUGGAAAGAUGGUGAGCGUGUCAACGUUGACGGUGUUACACGUACGUGUCCAGAAUGUCCGUAUUAUUAUUCCACGUGUCUCUGUUUCCUAUACGUCCCAGGCCUCUUCUCGUCAACCAUGAGAGAGCUGUCUGCUUUAUCCCACGAUGGCCCAAAGUGGAUCGUGCUUGACGGCGACAUCGAUCCUAUGUGGAUAGAAUCGCUUAACACUGUUAUGGAUGAUAACAAGGUGCUGACGCUGGCCAGUAACGAACGCAUCUCUCUGACGUCCUCUAUGCGUCUGCUGUUCGAGAUCAGUCAUCUGAAGGCUGCCACCCCUGCGACUGUAUCCAGAGCAGGCAUCCUUUACGUCAACCCACAGGACCUCGGCUGGAGCUCCUACGUGACAAGUUGGAUUGACACACGCCAGGCCCAAUCAGAGCGAGCGAAUAUGACCAUACUGUUUGAUAAGUAUGUGCCCUACUGUUUAGAGCAGGUCAGGUGCAACCUAAAGACCAUCACACCUAUACCCGAGGCAAGCAUGGUGCAGACUCUGUGUUGCUUGUUAGACUGCUUGCUGACGGACGAAAACGCUCCUGCCGACUCUCCGCGCGAGCUCUAUGAGAUCUACUUUGUGUUCGCUUGUGUGUGGGCUUUUGGAGGAGCCCUCUUUCAGGACCAUCUUAGAGAUUAUCGUGGUGAGUUCAGUCGGUGGUGGAAUAAGGAGAUGCGGGCGGUGAAGUUUCCCUCUCAGGGAACCGUUUUUGAUUACUACAUUGACCCCAACACCAAGAAGUUCACGGCGUGGAGCGAACGCACACCUACGUAUGAGCUGGAGCCUGAUGUUCCUCUGCAGACGUUGCUGGUUCACUCGGCGGAGACGACCUGUCUGGCGUACUUUGUGGAGCUCCUCUUAGAGAAAGGCAAGCCGGUGAUGCUGGUGGGGAACGCGGGCGUGGGCAAGACCAUUCUCGUAUGGGACACCAUCUCCAAACACAGGGAGGAGUACAUGGUGGCCAAAGUACCCUUUAAUUAUUACACCACGUCGGCCAUGCUGCAACGUGUUUUGGAAAAGCCUCUAGAGAAGAGGGCAGGAAGGAAUUUUGCUCCUCCUGGAACCAAGAAGCUGAUCUACUUUGUUGACGAUCUAAACAUGCCGGAAGUGGAUGCCUACGGAACAGUCCAGCCACACACACUCAUCAGACAACAUCUGGAUUAUUCUCAUUGGUACGAUCGUCAGAGGCUGGUGCUGAAGGAGAUUCAUAACUGUCAGUAUGUCACUUGCAUGAACCCAACAGCUGGAAGCUUCUCCGUCAACCCUCGGCUGCAGAGGCAUUUUUCAGUUUUUGCAGUGCAUUUCCCAGGUGCCGAGGCCCUGAAUACGAUCUACAGCAGCAUUCUGUGUGGUCACUUCCAGCAGGGGGGCUUCAGCUACGGAGUGAGCCGCUUGGUGGGCGCGCUCGUCCAGGCCUCCAUCUGCCUCCACCAGAAAAUGACUCAGAACUUCUUGCCUACUGCAAUCCGCUUUCACUACAUCUUCAACCUAAGGGACAUCUCAAACAUCUUCCAGGGGAUUCUUUUUGCCCAGCCGGAGACCGUACGCUACCCCAUCGAGCUGGUGUACCUCUGGCUACACGAGUGUUCUCGUGUGUACUCUGAUAAACUGAUGGAGGAGAAGGACGUCGAGCUUUUCAGUAAGAUCCUGUUGGACACUGGCAAAAGAUACUUUGAGGGAAUAGACGAGUCAAUCUUUAUCCACCAGCCUCUCAUCUAUUCUCACUUUGCACACGGUGUUGGAGAGCCUCGUUACUCACAAGUCAGUGAUUGGGAGAAGCUGCAGAAAACGCUGACCGAUGCGCUGGAGCACUACAACGAGCUGCAUGCCAACAUGAACCUGGUGCUGUUUGAGGAAGCCAUGCAGCACAUAUGUAGGAUCAGCCGUAUUCUGGAGUCUCCAGUAGGAAAUGCUCUGCUUAUUGGAGUGGGUGGCAGCGGGAAACAGAGUUUGUGUCGUCUGGCUGCCUUCCUUAGUAUGCUGGAGGUCUUUCAAAUCACUCUACGCAAAGGUUAUGGCAUCGGGGACCUGAGGAGUGAUAUAGCUGCUCUCUACAUCAAGGUGGGAGUGAAGAACAUCGGCACGGUUUUCCUGCACACGGAUGCUCAAAUUCCAGACGAAUGUUUCCUAGUGCUGAUCAACGACAUGCUCGCAUCCGGAGACAUCCCGGAUCUGUUCACCGAAGAGGAGGUGGAUACGAUCGUGGCGUCGAUCCGUCUGGAACUCAGAGGCCUCGGCAUGCUGGACACCCGAGAGAACUGCUGGAACUUUUUCAUCGACCGCAUACGCAGACAGCUAAAGGUGGUCCUGUGUUUCUCACCGGUGGGUUUCACUCUGCGCACACGUGCACGGAAGUUUCCGGCUUUGGUGAACUGCACCGCUAUCGACUGGUUCCAUCCUUGGCCCCAGCACGCGCUGCAGUCCGUCAGCAAGACUUUCAUCAGUAACAUCCGAGGCCUCGAGCCUGCGGUAAAGGUGUCGAUCAGCGAGUUCAUCUCGUAUGCACACACGUGCGUAAACGAGGUCAGCGUGAAGUACCAGCAGAACGAGAAACGCUUCAAUUACACCACACCGAAGAGCUUCCUUGAGUUCAUGAAGUUGUACAGCAACCUGCUGGCGACCAAAAGGAGGGAAUUAACUCAGAAGAUGGAGCGCCUGGAGAACGGCCUGCAGAAACUUUUGACCACGGCCUCCCAGGUGGAGGAUCUGAAAGCUAAGCUAGCGCUGCAGGAAGUGGAGCUGCAUCACAGGAACAGCGACACGGAGGCCCUUAUAGCUAAAAUAGGCCAGCAGACGGACAAACUGAACCAGGAGAAGAGUGUCGCUGAUGAAGAGGAGCACAGGGUAGCAGCGAUCCAGGCUGAGGUGUCGAAGCAGCAGAGAGAGACGGAAGUGGACCUGGCUAAAGCUGAGCCAGCCUUACAGGCAGCCAACGCUGCUCUUAACACACUGAACAGGCUUAAUCUAACGGAGUUACGGACGUUCCCAAAUCCACCCGUGAUCGUGACUAACGUUCUAGCGGCCGUGCAGGUCCUACUCAGUCCGAGCGGACGUGUCCCUAAAGAUCGCAGUUGGAAAGCCGCUAAAGUCUUCAUGAGCAAAGUAGAUGAUUUCCUACAAGCGCUGGUUAACUUCGAUAAAGAGCACAUUCCCGACGCUACGGUGCGAGUGCUGAGGGAUGAGUAUCUGAGCGACCCGGAGUUUAACCCGGAGUUUGUGCGUCUCAAGUCCUCGGCUGCUGCAGGACUGUGUGCCUGGGUUAUCAACAUGGUGCGGUUUCAUGAGAUAUUUGUGUUCUGUGAGGUUGAGACAAAGAGGAUGUGUCUCUCUCAAGCUAAUGCUGAUCUGUUAGAGGCGGCUGAAAAGCUGGAGAUAAUCAGGAAAAAACUCACAGAGUUGGACAGUAGCCUGGACACACUGACUGCAGUGUUUGAAAAGGCCACCUCUGAGAAGCUGCGCUGUCAAGAGGAGGUGAAUCGCACCAAUAAAACCAUCCAACUGGCCAACCGCCUAGUCAAGGGCCUGGAGUCCGAGAACGUGCGCUGGGCACACUCUGUAGCUCAGUACCGGGAGCAGGAGGCGACUCUCUGUGGAGAUGUUCUCCUCACAGCAGCCUUCAUUUCCUAUGCUGGCUCCUUUUCCAAAAGAUACAGACACGAGCUCCUGCACAACCUGUGGAUGCCGUACCUACGCACACAGAAGGUCUCCGUUCCUAUGGCCGAGGGCCUGGAUCCUAUCUCCAUGCUAACGGAUGACGCUACGGUGGCUAAGUGGAAUAACGAGGGUUUACCUGGUGAUGAGAUGUCGACCCAGAAUGCAACCAUCCUGUUGAACUGUGAGAGGUGGCCCCUCCUCAUUGACCCUCAGCUGCAGGGCAUCAAGUGGCUCAAGAGUCGCUACGGCAGCAGCCUCUGGGUCGUUAACUUGGGGCAGAAGGGGUACGUUGAUGUAAUCGAGCAGGCAGUAGUAACAGGAGAACCUGUAUUGAUCGAGAACCUAGAGGAGACCAUUGACCCAAUCAUUGAUCCACUGCUGGGUCGCCACACCAUUAAAAAGGGCAGGUAUAUAAAGGUGGGGGAUAAGGAGUGUAUGUUCCACCCCGAGUUCAGGCUCAUUCUGCAUACUAAAAUGGCCAACCCACAUUAUAAGCCAGAGAUCCAAGCACAGACCACGCUUAUUAACUUCACCGUGACACGUGAUGGUCUGGAGGACCAGCUCCUCGCCGAGGUCGUCAACCUGGAGAGACCUGACCUCGAGCACCUGAAGUCCGAGUUGACGAAGCAGCAGAACACGUUUAAAAUCGAGCUGAAGCAUCUGGAGGACGAGCUGCUGACGCGACUUUCGGCUGCUGAAAGCAACUUCCUGGGUGACAACAUGCUGGUGGAGAAACUGGAAAGCACCAAACACACAGCAGCCGAGAUCGAGAUGAAGGUGUUAGAAGCGAAGGUCAAUGAGGUGAAGAUAAAUGAAGCUCGUGAACACUACAGACCCGUGGCAGUACGAUCAUCCGUCCUCUACUUUAUCAUCAACGACCUCAACAAGAUCAACCCCAUGUAUCAGUUUUCGCUUAAGGCGUUUGAUGUGGUUUUCCGUAAAGCCGUGCAGAACGCAGAGGCGUGUCCUGAUGUCAAGACUCGCGUUAACACGCUGAUCGACUGCAUCACCUUCUCCACCUUUAACUACAUCAACCGAGGCCUGUUCGAGAGAGACAAGCUCACGUUCACGGCUCAGCUCACGUUUCAGUUGUUACUGAUGAAUAAAGAGAUUGAUAUGCGAGAGCUGGAUUUCCUCUUGCGCUUCAAUAUUGACCACAGUUACAUCAGUCCUGUUGACUUUCUCUCCAAUUCUGCCUGGAGUGCCAUUAAGACGAUGAGUUUUACAGAAGAGUUUCGGGGACUCGACCGAGACAUCGAGGGUUCUCCUAAACGCUGGAAGAAGGUGGUGGAGUCAGAGUGUCCAGAAAAAGAGAAACUCCCUCAGGAGUGGAAGAACAAGCGCUCACUCCAGAAGCUCAUCCUAAUGCGGGCCCUCCGUCCUGACCGCAUGACCUACGCUCUAAGGAACUUUGUGGAGGAGAAGCUGGGUGUCCAGUACACCGAGAGCAGAAAGACAGAGUUUGCGAAGUCCUUUAAAGAAAGUGGUCCGGCGUCUCCUGUGUUCUUCAUCCUGUCUCCUGGAGUCAACCCUCUGACAGACGUGGAGUCUCUCGGUAAGAAGCUCGGCUUCACUAUAGACCUCGGGAAGCUGCAUAACGUCUCUCUUGGCCAAGGCCAGGAAGCUGUAGCAGAGAUCGCCAUGGAGAAAGCUUCCAGAGAAGGUCACUGGGUUAUACUUCAGAACAUACACCUGGUCGCGAAGUGGCUCGGAAAUCUGGAGAAGCUCCUGGAGCGAUGUUGCCAGAGCAGUCACCCGGACUACAGAGUGUUUAUGAGCGCCGAGCAAGCGCCAACGCCUCAGGAGCACAUCAUUCCUCAAGGCAUUCUGGAAAAUUCUAUCAAAAUCACCAACGAACCUCCAACCGGAAUGCUGGCUAACUUACAUGCAGCACUGGACAACUUUGACCAAGACAUCUUGGACCAGUGUUCUCGGGAGCAGGAGUUUAAAACCAUCCUGUUCUCCUUGUGUUAUUUCCACGCCUGCGUCGCAGAGAGGAGGAAGUUCGGCCCUCAAGGCUGGAACCGCAAAUAUCCAUUUAACACCGGAGACCUCACUAUUUCUGUUAACGUGCUUUACAACUAUCUAGAGGCCAACUCUCAGGUGCCUUGGGAAGAUCUGCGAUAUCUCUUUGGUGAAAUCAUGUACGGUGGACACAUCACCAACGACUGGGACAGGAGACUGUGCAGGACGUAUCUGGAGGAGUACAUGCAGCCCAACCAGUUCGACAGGAAGGUGGCUUUAGCCCCAGGCUUUGUCGUUCCCUCCAACCUGGACUACGCCGGUUACCACAGCUUCAUAGACGAGAUGCUUCCACACGAGAGCCCGGUGCACUACGGGCUUCACCCCAACGCUGAGAUCGAGUUCCUCACGGUCACCUCCGACAGCCUGUUCCACACCCUGCUCGAACUGCAGACCAGAGACUCGUCCAUGGGUGAAGGAACGUCCCAGAGCACAGAGGAGAAGGUACGGACGGUCUUGGACGACAUCCUGGAGAAGCUGCCGGAGGAAUACAACAUGUCCGACCUCACGUCCAAAGCGGCCGAGCGCACUCCUUACAUCCUGGUGUGCUUCCAGGAGUGUGAGCGCAUGAACAUGUUAGUCAACGAAAUACGCCGUUCACUAAAAGAGCUGGAUCUGGGACUAAAGGGUGAGUUGGCAAUAUCAUCAGAGAUGGAGCAGCUACAGACAGCACUGUUCUUUGAUAAUGUUCCUGACCCCUGGACUAGGCUCGCUUACCCAUCUACCUACACCUUGGCUCAGUGGUACAACGACGUGUUGCUGCGCUGUCGAGAGCUGGACAGUUGGACUCAGGAUCUCUCUCUGCCGAGCGUCGUCUGGCUGUCGGGACUUUUCAACCCCCAGUCUUUCCUCACAGCUGUGAUGCAGAGCUUGGCGCGUAAGAACGAGUGGCCGCUGGAUAAGAUGACGCUAACCGUCGACGUGACCAAGAAAUUCAAGGAGGAGUUUAACCAACCCGCCAGAGAGGGCGCUUAUGUCUACGGGCUUUACAUGGAAGGUGCACGCUGGGAUAUUCAGAACGGGACCAUCACGGAGGCUCGGCUAAAAGAACUCACUCCCAGCAUGCCCGUGAUGGCGGUGCGUGCCGUCCCGAACGACCGCCAGGAAACACGCAACAUCUACGAGUGUCCCGUCUACAAGACCAAGCUGAGAGCGAACACCUACGUCUGGACGUUUAACCUCAAAAGCAGAGAGAGACCGGCCAAGUGGGUGCUCGCGGGGGUGGCGCUGCUGCUGAGCGUGUGACGUCAGAACAAUAAAAGACUCGAGAACAGA